AUGGCAAGUUUGGGAACGAUACAGAGAAUUCCCAACUCAUCAAAAUCACCUUCAUCGACCGACGAACCCUAUGAACCAAAAGCACCCGAUGAAAAGCAGUUCAGUGACUUCAACUUUUAUUGUCCUCUCAACAUUCCAUUAACCCUAGAAGCUGCAGCUCUUCGGAUCAUCAGAAACUUGGGCAAUUUAGGGUUAUAUUACACACUUUUUGUCUGGAUCAUACUCUUCAUAACCCUAAUCCCUGCACGCGAAGUUUCCUUGAUUCUUCUGGUUAUCAUGACCUAUGUGACAACGUUGUACUUGCUGCUAUUAAGGGCACACCCUAAUUCUUACCUCCUUCACAGAGUUUUAGACAAAAGGUUUGUUUUGGCUUUACUUGCCAUUGCAACUAUGGUUCAACUUAUUUUAACAAGCGCAGAGAUUCAUCUGGGUGUGACUUUAGCAUGUUCUAUGCCUAUUGUUUUUCUUCAUGCGGUUUUGUGGAUUAGUCAUCAAGAGGUUAUUUCUGAGAACCACUUUGAGGCUUCUAGUGUUGCAGAACUUGCUCCUCUUUCUGACAGAAGUAAAAAUGGACGAGAGGGCCCAGAUAUGGUGUGA